AUGAGCGACGUCCAUCGGAUGCGAUACGCGCAGAGCGAGGGGAUGAAUGAUUCGGAGGCACAGCGUCGCGCGGCGAUGUUUGUGUCGGUGCGACCGCUGGCGUACGCGAACGAGAUGUUCGACGCGAAACCAAUGACGGAGAGUAAACUCAUGCCUUGGGCGAGGCCGACGUAUCAGGCGCUGGCGGAUGCGCAGGCGGAGGCGCACGCGCACGUGUCACGACGAAACGAGCGACACGGUAGCGUAGAAAGUGACCACACAACGCACGACGGCGGCGGGCCGCGAGGCGAAGGCGUUCGAAAGUCGGUCGAUGAGGAGGAGGAGGACGAUUCGCCGAGACCCGAAGCCGGUGUGACGUGUGCGUGCUGUCGAACGCAAAAGACACCGCUGUGGAGAAACGGCCCGACGGGUUCGAAGACUUUGUGUAACGCGUGCGGCGUUCGUUUCAAGGCGGGCCGCGUCGUCGCCGACGACAAUGGCAACGUCUUCCCGCUGGCCCCGCAAGGGCGCAAGCGUGCCGUUCAGAUCACGCCGCACCGUGGCGGCGAAAACUACGUCGGACCCCCCUUCAAGCGCGCCAAGCCGAAGCACUCCUCGUCCACUUACACGCACCACCUGGAGGAUGGAAGACUGUACGAGCUUAAGCGCCGACCGCGCGCGCGAUCGCGCACGUCGCCCGCGCGCGCAUCACGAUUUGUAAAUCGUCGUCGACGGAUUAUGACGCGCACGCCAUCGUCGCCGAAUGCGAUCGCGCGCGACGCCGAACGUCGGACGCCGACGCGCGCGCUCGACGGGGGUAUUUUUCAUCCAUCCGAUCGCGCGCGCGCGGGCGACGCGGCGGUCGCGCGGGCGUCGAAAGGCGGCGCGGUCGCGUGA